AUGGGCAUUCCCCCGGCGUGUCCCUACUGUGGUGAGGAGUUCAGUCUCUCUACCAUGUGGACGCAUAUUUCACUGUGUAGCAGCUGCCCCAGUCGGGAUGACGUUAAGAGAACCGGCUCCACUGAAGCUGCGCAGAGCCACCGUCGCUCUGCUGGUGGCACUGAUUACAACAUCGAUCCGAACCCGUGCAUGGACAUGCGGAUUCCCUCGCGCUCCCCAAGUAACACGUGUGCGCCAACAGUUCGCGUGGAUUUACGCCCAGCGUCUGUAGAGCAACCAACGCCAACAGAUGUGAAGGUGCUCGAUUUGUGGUCUUACCCCGAGCCCAAGCGACGCCCCCGUGUGCGUUGCAGUUCCGCUUCGCUACCGUCACCUCCUCAUGCGUUUGGCAGUGACCAGCUUAGGAAGACCGACGAUUCCCCUAUCUCAACAUCACCACUUUCAUUACCCAAGGACACGUGGAACAAGGAGCGUAACUGCAGAACCCACGACGAGAUAAAUGAGGGUGGGAGAGAGAAUAACGGCAGCGACGGUUACAUCGCACCAGUUGCGGAUCCUCAGCUUAUAGAGAGAGUUUUCCAGUUAGAGACGACAAGCAGAGAACUUCGCGAAGCGUUGGAGGUGGAGAGACGCGCGCGACAAAAGUCUGCAGCGGCAGUUGAAGACGUUCUAGCAAAGAUGCGGUCGGAGAUAGCGACCCUCUAUUCGUUAGUUGCUGGCGCUACCAAGAGCGCAGAGGCCGCUCACUAUGGCGUGCAGGUCAUGGAGAGACGAUUAAGAAACUACCUGACACCAGAGAUGUCAGGUGGUUUGCAGCAAAAGACGUAUGCUCAGGAUGCGUUGCUGCGUGCGUCAAAAGCGUCGUCACAGCAACAGCGCAAUACACCGUGCCGUGGAGUCGAUAGAAGCGCCCUCGCGGGUGCCUCCAGAGAGAACAUAUCGAUUAUCUCAAGGGAUACCAGGAAAAGUGCACCCUGGAGUGGAGCUGGCAGCCGUGAAUUGCAUCAAUUACCGGUCGGAACACCUUUUCUACACAAGGAUACGGGUGAGGCGGUGGCACAACUUCUCCACCUACAGCCGGUGGCUGUGAUUCACGCACCGACAGCAACGACAGCGACAUAUUGGCGAUAA